CCAUUGGAAGAGAUCUAGAGAGGCUUGAAGUGCUCCAGAUCUAGUGUUUGACAUGGCCCAAAAGUUGGAUGGCCCUCCUAGGUUUACCGGCUCGGACUUUUCGCUAUGGAGGUUCCAGUUCACACUAUGGCUAGGGGGAGACCAUGGUUCAGUAUCUCCAGAGGGUGGAUGAGAAUGUGAGGGCUUUGGAGGAGCUAGAUUACACGGUAGAUGAGAAGGAGAUCAUCUAUACUACACUCCAAGGGUUGGAUCAAGCGGCUAAUGAGGCAUUACUACAAUACCUUCACCUCGAGCAACAGAAAUGGACCAAGGUGUGGAUUUGGGAGGUUUUAAUUUCUGAUGAGGCUCGCAAGGUUGAUGCUGGAAGAGGCCUAGAAGGAGGCAUGGGGGCAGCAGAUAAAGCUUCCUUCAGGAAAGGCUAUCAACAGCAAGGAGGUGGGGGGAAGAAGAAAGAGUUGGACAAAUGCCUUGUGCCCGGAUGCAACAAAAAACACUCUUGGAAGAGUUGCUGGAGUAGGCCUGAGGGAUGGAAGCCUCACGGCUACUCUGGAGAGGCCCCACCAGUGACCAAACCUGAUUGGGUGGAGAAAAGGAUGAAGAAGGGGCUCUGGAAUAAGAAGGGCAGCAAGGGAGCAACGGCCGCAGCUGCUAAGGAUGAGAAGGGGAAGGGCCAAGACGACUCCUCCGAUGAUGGUUUCUCGUUUCUCAUGCUAGGGCAGGAUGCAUCUCUCGCUGGUCGUGCAUUGGCUGAUCCCAACUUCCUGGUUCUAGACUCUGGAGCAACAUCUGGGAUGCUUCCUCGCGGUGAUCUUUUCACCUCCUACCAUCCUCUCCCACCAAACUCUAGGAGAGUGAUUGUUGGGAGCGGAGAUUUGCUGCAGGCAAUUGGCAUCGGCACGAUCACCAUUAAGGGGAAGGAGGGGGAGCUAGUGGGUGUGAAGGGGGUCCUUCACGUCCCUGGUUUGGCUGCAAACCUCCUUUCAUGCUCGCAGCUGGCUAAACAGGGAUACGUUUGCACUUUCACUGAGGGAGGGUGUACUGUUAGAAAGGGUGAAGCUGUGGUGAUGGAAGCAAAGUUGGACAAGGGGGCCUUGGUGAAGGUGUUAAGGUCAGAUCGGGGUGGAGAGUACCUUGGGAAAGAACUUCAAACCUUCUUGGAAGAAAAGGGUAUUACCCACCAGCUCUCUGUACCUUACACGCCACAGCAAAAUGGGGCAGCGGAGCGGCUUAACAGGACCUUGACCGAUUUGGCUCGGGCCAUCCUUGCCCAUGCCGAGCUUGAUAACACUUGGUGGGGGGCAGCAGUGCAGUAUGCCAACUGGGUGAAGAACAGGAUGGGCAGCAAGGGGCUUGGAGGCAAGAGCCCAUACUCCUUAUGGACAGGGAAGGCCGAUGCGCGUGAUGAUCAGCCGGAGCAGCAUGUGCCUUCAACUCCAUCGAGAAGCAGUUGGCAGCAGUUGUUGAACCAGCAGCUGUCCAAGACUCCAAGGACUCCAAUGAAGAGGGUGACUUGGUCCAGCUAGUUGGCUUCAGUGAUGCUGACUAUGCUGGAGAUUCCGCAAGUCGCAGGAGCCACAGUGGGUAUGUGUUCUGUCUGAAUGGGGCAGCUAUCUCUUGGCAGAGCAAGAGGCAGCCCGUGGUAGCACUCUCUACCACUGAGAGUGAGUAUAUAAGUCUGUGUCAGUGCAUUCAGGAGGGUGUCUGGCUGAGGCGUUUGUUUGGGGAGUUUGGCCAUGAUCAUGCUGGUGGUGUGCCUGUGUUUGUGGAUAAUCAGUCUGCCAUUGCCCUUGCACAGAAUGCAUGCUUGCAUGGCCGCACCAAACACAUGCAGGUCCGGUGGCAUUUCAUUCGGGAGAUGGUAGCUGCGGGUGAGGUGAUUUUGCAGUGGUGCCCCACCAACCGUCAGGCUGCUGAUAUUCUUACCAAGUCUCUUCCAUUUGAGCGUCAUGGUGUGUGCAUGACCUUGCUCGGGAUGCAGCCCCAUGAUGACAGAGUUCCCGCAGCAGAUGCUGGCGUCUUGGUGCUCCUCUCCUUGGCGGACUCCAUGCUUUGGGUGGCCCCAACCCAUGGGCAAGGGGGAGUGGUGUGAAGUCUUUUGCCCUAUGGUGUUGAGCCACACCCAGCACGAGCAAGGGGGAGUGAUAAAUGUGUAGUGUUCUGUGGUGUAGUUUGCUCUAGCUGGUUGUGGGCUAUUGGGAUUUGG